AUGUAUAACACCACCUCACAGAUCAAUAACUUGGAAGAUGAUGCAGAGAUAAGCAGCCCCCACAACAAGCAGCCCCCACAUCAAGCAGCCCCCACAUCAAGCAGCCCCCACAACAAGCAGCCCCCACGUCAAGCAGCCCCCACAAUAAGCAGCCCCCACAUCAAGCAGCCCCCACAACAAGCAGCCCCCACAUCAAGCAGCCCCCAAAACAAGCAGCCCCCACAUCAAGCAGCCCCCAAAACAAGCAGCCCCCACAACAAGCAGCUCCCACAACAAGCAGCCCCUACAACAAGCAGCCCCACAACAAGCAGCCCCCACAACAAGCAGUCCCCCACAACAAGCAGCCCGCACAACAAGCAGCCCCCACAUCAAGCAGCCUCCACAACAAGCAGCUCCCACAACAAGCAGCCCCUACAACAAGCAGCCCCACAACAAGCAGCCCCUACAACAAGCAGCCCCACAACAAGCAGCCCCCACAUCAAGCAGCCCCAACAUCAAGCAGCCCCUACAACAAGCAGCCCCACAACAAGCAGCCCCUACAACAAGCAGCCCCACAACAAGCAGCCCCCACAUCAAGCAGCCCCAACAUCAAGCAGCCCCCACAUCAAGCAGCCCCCAAAACAAGCAGCCCCCACAUCAAGCAGCCCCCACAACAAGCAGCUCCCACAACAAGCAGCCCCUACAACAAGCAGCCCCACAACAAGCAGCCCCACAACAGCCCCCACAACAAGCAGCCCCCCACAUCAAGCAGCCCCCACAACAAGCAGCCCCCACAACAAGCAGCCCCACAACAAGCAGCCCCCACAACAAGCAGCCCCCCACAUCAAGCAGUCCCCACAACAAGCAGCCCCCACAUCAAGCAGUCCCCACAAGCAGCCCCACAACAAGCAGCCCCCACCACAUCAAGCAGCCCCCAUCAAGCAGCCCACACACAGCAGCCCCCACAUCAAGCAGCCCCAAAAUCAAAGCAGCCCCCACGUCAAGCAGCCCCCACAUCAAGCAGCCCCAACCUCAAGCAGCCCCCACAACAAGCAGCCCCAACCUCAAGUAGCCCCCACAACAAGCAGCCCCCACAACAAGCAACCCCCACAACAAGCAGCCGCCACAUCAAGCAGCCCCCACAUCAAGCAGCCCCCCACAUCAAGCAGCCCCAAAACAAGCAGCCCCCACAUCAAGCAGCCCCCCCAUCAAGCAGCCCCAAAACAAGCAGUCCCCACAUCAAUCAAGCCGCCCCAACAUCAAGCAGCCCCCACAUCAAGCAGCCCCAAACAAGCAGCCCCAAAAUCAAGCAGCCCCCACGUCAAGCAGCCCCCACAUCAAGCAGCCCCCACAACAAGCAGCCCCAACCUCAAGCAGCCCCCACAACAAGCAGCCGCCACAUUAAGCAGCCGCCACAUCAAGCAGCCCCCACAUCAAGCAGCCCCACAUCAAGCAGCCCCCACAACAAGUAGCCCCCAAAACAAUCAGCCACCACAACAAGCAGCCGCCACAUCAAGCAGCCGCCACAUCAAGCAGCCCCACAUCAAGCAGCCCCCACAACAAGCAGCCGCCACAUCAAGCAGCCCCAACAUCAAGCAGCCCCCACAACAAGCAGCCCCCACAACAAGCAGCCCCCACAUCAAGCAGCCCCAACAUCAAGCAGCCCCCACAUCAAGCAGCCCCACAACAAGCAGCCCCCACAUCAAGCAGCCCCAACAUCAAGCAGCCGCCACAUCAAGCAGCCCCCACGUCAAGCAGCCCCUACAUCGAGCAGCCCCUACAUCAAGCAGGCCCCACAUCAAGCAGCACCCACAUCAAGCAGCCCCUACAUCAAGCAGCCCCCACGUCAAGCAGCCCCUACAUCAAGCAGCCCCCACAUCAAGCAGCCCCCACAUCAAGCAGCCCCCACAUCAAGCAGCCCCCACAUCAAGCAGCCCCCACACACAUCAAGCAGCCCCCCACAUCAAGCAGCCCCCACAUCAAGCAGCCCCCACAUCAAGCACCCCAACAUCAAGCAGCCCCCACGUCAAGCAGCCCCUACAUCAAGCAGCCCCUACAUCAAGCAGCCCCUACAUCAAGCAGCACCCACAUCAAGCAGCCCCUACAUCAAGCAGCCCUCACAUCAAGCAGCCCCCACAACAAGCAGCCCCCACAUCAAGCAGCCCCCAAAACAAGCAGCCCCCACAUCAAGCAGCCCCCAAAACAAGCAGCCCCCACAACAAGCAGCUCCCACAACAAGCAGCCCCUACAACAAGCAGCCCCACAACAAGCAGCCCCCACAACAAGCAGUCCCCCACAACAAGCAGCCCGCACAACAAGCAGCCCCCAACAUCAAGCAGCCUCCACAACAAGCAGCUCCCACAACAAGCAGCCCCUACAACAAGCAGCCCCACAACAAGCAGCCCCUACAACAAGCAGCCCCACAACAAGCAGCCCCCACAUCAAGCAGCCCCAACAUCAAGCAGCCCCCACAUCAAGCAGCCCCCAAAACAAGCAGCCCCCAUAUCAAGCAGCCCCCCACAACAAGCAGCUCCCACAACAAGCAGCCCCUACAACAAGCAGCCCUACAACAAGCAGCCCCACAACAAGCAGCCCCACAUCAAGCAGCCCCCACAACAAGCAGCCCCCACAACAAGCAGCCCCCACAACAAGCAGCCCCCGCAUCAAGCAGCCCCAACAUCAAGCAGCCCCCACAUCAAGCAGCCCCCACAAGCAGCCCCAAAAUCAAGCAGCCCCCACGUCAAGCAGCCCCCACAUCAAGCAGCCCCCACAUCAAGCAGCCCCCACAACAAGCAGCCCCAACCUCAAGCAGCCCCCACAACAAGCAGCCGCCACAUUAAGCAGCCGCCACAUCAAGCAGCCCCCACAUCAAGCAGCCCCCACAUCAAGCAGCCCCCACAACAAGUAGCCCCCAAAACAAUCAGCCCCCACAACAAGCAGCCGCCACAUCAAGCAGCCGCCACAUCAAGCAGCCCCCACAUCAAGCAGCCCCCACAACAAGCAGCCGCCACAUCAAGCAGCCCCAACAUCAAGCAGCCCCCACAACAAGCAGCCCCCACAACAAGCAGCCCCCACAUCAAGCAGCCCCAACAUCAAGCAGCCCCCACAUCAAGCAGCCCCCACAACAAGCAGCCCCCACAUCAAGCAGCCCCAACAUCAAGCAGCCGCCACAUCAAGCAGCCCCCACGUCAAGCAGCCCCUACAUCGAGCAGCCCCUACAUCAAGCAGGCCCCCACAUCAAGCAGCACCCACAUCAAGCAGCCCCUACAUCAAGCAGCCCCCACGUCAAGCAGCCCCUACAUCAAGCAGCCCCCACAUCAAGCAGCCCCCACAUCAAGCAGCCCCCCACAUCAAGCAGCCCCCACAUCAAGCAGCCCCCACAUCAAGCAGCCCCCCACAUCAAGCAGCCCCCACAUCAAGCAGCCCCCACAUCAAGCACCCCAACAUCAAGCAGCCCCCACGUCAAGCAGCCCCCACGUCAAGCAGCCCCUACAUCAAGCAGCCCCUACAUCAAGCAGCCCCUACAUCAAGCAGCCCCUACAUCAAGCAGCACCCACAUCAAGCAGCCCCAUACAUCAAGCAGCCCCCACAUCAAGCAGCCCCUACAUCAAGCAGCCCCCCACAUCAAGCAGCCCCCACAUCAAGCAGCCCCCACAUCAAGCAGCUCCCACAUCAAGCAGCCCCUACGUCAAGCAGCCCCUACGUCAAGCAGCCCCACGUCAAGCAGCCCCUACAUCAAGCAGCCCCCACAUCAAGCAGCCACCCCACAUCAAGCAGCCCCCCACAUCAAGCAGCCCCCACGUCAAGCAGCCCCCACGUCAAGCAGCCCCCCACAAGCAGCCACCACAUCAAGCAGCCCCCACGUCAAGCAGCCCCCACGUCAAGCAGCCCCCACAUCAAGCAGCCCCCACAUCAAGCAGCCCCCACAUCAAGCAGCCCCCACAUCAAGCAGCCCCCACAUCAAGCAGCCCCCACAUAAGCCAAGCACCACAUGAGAAAUCCUAUACGGUCUACCUCACAUAA